CCGAUUAAUGUUUAAUGGAAAUGGCUGCCUUUCUCAUCUAAACCUCUCAGCAACAGGAAAAAAUAAGACACCCCGACAUCAUUCAGCAUCUACGCCUUUUUUUACUCUUUGUUUUUCUUAAGAUACACAGAACCAACCAUAAGUCAUCUAUGGCUUGCGAUCCACCUGAAAAAAUGAGACCGCUUUAGGAUCUGAUGGAUGGGAAAUCUGUCAUUUUUGCAGUUAACCGUUCACAUUCCGUGAUCUGCAGACAAAUCGAGUGAUGUUUUGCGUCCUUCAGCAGAAGAUGAUGCACCAGGUUACCAAUAACAACGACUACUGCAUGAGCGGCAGGCCCUCCUGCCUGGCCGAAGAUGGACGCCACCCUACCAGCCACUUUGACCUGUGCAACCCGCAGGCCAACAAAUUCUACCCGCCCCCUCCACAGCCGCCACUGCAGAUGUCCCUGCCCCCUUUGCCCCCCCCGCCUCAGAACGCCCUCAAAUCCAUGCCGUGCCAGAGGCAGGACGUCCGGGGCGAAGUUCUCCCGCAGCAACAGCAACAGGCCCUGGGCGUCAAAAACGGGGAGAAGCCCGAAGACUCCAAGAGGAAGAAAGGGCAGGGGAGAUCCGGCAGAAGAGGCAGGCCAUCAGGGACCACGAAAUCCGCUGGGUACAGGACCAGCACCGGGCGACCGCUGGGCACCACCAAGGCGGCGGGUUUUAAAACGAGUCCAGGAAGACCCCUAGGGACCACUAAGGCUGCGGGAUAUAAGGUGAGCCCAGGAAGACCCCCAGGCAGCAUAAAAGCUCUCUCUCGGCUCACCAAGCUGGGCUACGGUGGAGCUUGCAGCGGUGCCUCCUUCCCCUACAACGUCAUGCAGAAGACGGGCUUGUGCGAAGCUGGCGGCAAAGAGAAGGAGGCCAACGAGUAAAGCCCCUCCCCCUCAUAAUCACCGCACGGCCUGCCAGGACCUGAGAUCCGAGCACAUGUCCUACGUACUGUGGAUAUGCAGAUACCCACGAUUUUGGGGGAGUGACCCUUUCAUUGGCAUGCACCUCUGCUGUGUUUGCCUCAAUCGAAUCCUUUUUUCAUAAGAAAAUUAUAUAUAUAAAUAAAUAUAUAUAUACACUCAGUGACAAAAAAGUUAAGCAUUCAGACAGAGUGGUGGAAAUGAAAUGAAUUUGCACUUGGUGAAAGGUCAUGUGACUGUAUUUCAAUGAUUGUAAUAUCAGAUCAAACUGGCCCUCGAGAUCCUGCAGAUCGGCACUGGGUCUGAGUUGACGUCCGAGCUGAUCCCACACAUGUUCGAUUGGGGAAAGAUCGGGAGACCUGGCUGGCCAUGGGAGGACCUCAACAUGAUGCAGACAGUCCAUAGACACAUGUCGUGUGUGGACGGGCGUUGUCUAGUUGAAAGAUUGUACCAGGGUGCUGUCUCAGGAGGGGUAAGACAUGCAGAUGCAGGAUGUCACUCACGUAGCACUGUGCCGUCAGGGUCCCCGAAUCACUGCCAGAGAUGACCUGAAGUUAUACCCCAUGACUCCCCACACAAUGAUGUUAUACCCUAUGGCUCCCCACACCAUGAUGUCAUACCCUAUGACUCCCCACACCACGAUGUCAUACCCUAUGGCUCCUGACACCAUGAUGUCAUACCCUAUGACUCCCCACACCAUGAUGUCGUACCCUAUGAUUCCCCACACCAUGAUGUCAUACCCUAUGGCUCCCCACACUAUGAUGUCAUACCCUAUGACUCCCCACACCAUGAUGUCAUACCCUAUGACUCCCCACACCAUGAUGUCAUACCCUAUGACUCCCCACACUGCCGCUGUGUCUCUCCUCAUCAUUGGCAGGAUUGGUCCUCUCCCCUCGGUGCCACCAUACAUGUACACAACGGUCAUCUCAGUUUAUGCAGAACCGAGAUUCAUGGCUGAACAUGGUACGACACCACUUGACAUCGGUCCAUGCCUCCCGGCAUGACUCCAAAUGCAACCAUCUCUGCGCUGGUGAUAACGGCAGCUUGCGCAUGGGACGGUGUAUGCUCGCCGCACAAUACGAUGAUCCUCCCUUGCUGUGGUCUGUUUUGGGCGACCGGAACCUUCACGAUAUGUGUGGCUGCCCUCACGUGUCCAUUGGUGUGACAUCUGCAUGCCCCACAAGCCAGGCAAUUGCACAAUACAACCCCCCGGCCUCACAAUGCCCCCCUAUCAAACUCUGUCAAGUGCUGGUAAUGCUGUCUGAUGCGCCUACGAGGCGCUCUCUGUGUCUGGAAACUAGACAUGCCAGCUUCCUGCAAAUCGAAUAAUUUACAAACCCAUCACUGGUCUGCACGUGUACCAAAUUACAUGCAAGUCGGACCAUUACUUCUGGGUGCUUAACUUUUUUUGUCACUGAGUAUACAUAAUAUAUAUUGUGUGUAAAACAAAUGGUAUAACUGCUGGUUCACAUGAAAAAUGUUUGUUCACCACACGACUUCUAUGAUAUAAAUAUUCUUCAUAAGACACAGAAGAAAGAAAAAUUUUCCUCAGUUAUCAAACACCAGCUUUCUUUUUGCUGUAUUUUAUCUGAAUUAACGUUCAGCUGCAUGCUAAAAUGAAUCGGUUCUAAAACAUAUAUUUUGCUGAAUCUGGGUGACGCAGAAAGAUCUCCGCAGCCAUGUGAAGUCUUACGAAGUCGGCCAGUGGUGGACUCUGACGCUGGGGUGUUCGCUGGCUCUGCCGCUGUCAGGACAGUUUCAAGUAGGGAAGUCGAACGUGCUUUCUGAUUGGCCGUUCGUGUCACAUGUGGUAUUCCCAGAAAAUGACAUGUCAAAAUAGCAACAGUCUUCGGAUAUACUUAAUCAUUUUACCCGUGGGAAAAAGUUUAUGCAAUAAACCAAUAAGUAAUUAAAGGAGAGAUCGGGCAUGACAAAAAUGAGAUAUUACACCUGAAAAGUACAAUUGUUAAUACACGGAAUGUUGGCACUAACAAUUAGUUGUGUCCUCAUGUCAGAAGUCCAGCCUAACUGAGAAGAAUGAAGAACAGAUGACCAUGCCAUUGAGUACCAUGUCUUUAUAUUAAAAUCACUGUAUACGAAAAUAUCAAUUAUAUCAUUAUAUACGUCAUUUUUUAUCUUGUGUUUAUGGAAGUCAUACCUGUUAAGAAGCAGUUCAUGGAUGUAAGUAGUUUUAUACUGUUUAAAGCCCACGGGACAGAUCUAAAUGGUGCUACAUCACGUACAUUCGUUUGGUAUGGAAGUUGGUUAUUUUAAUAUUAAAACGAGUCAAAUUUUACACUUGAAUGUGGACCAAAUCCCCAGUCCGGAAACAUUUAAGAACAGCAUGGCUGGUUUUUAACUUUUGGAGUCUUUGAUAAUUACUGUAUUUGAUGUUUUUUUUUUGUUUUCCCAGCAUAUUUGCCAAAAAUAUUUUUUUCUCUCAAAUUCCGUCCUGAAAUAUGUUAAAAAAAAAAAAAUGUGGACGAUACUAGCCUUCAUUAGUGCUCCUCUGCCCAGACACAAUCCUGUAAUAUUGUUCAAGAUUUCCACAAAUCACACUGCUGUUUUUUCGAACUGUAUCUCAGUGACAGACAAUCAGUCAGUUGUACCGUUUUACAAGCUGCACACCAGAUCUUAAUUACAGAGACAUUAAUAUACACACAGCUUUUAAGAGCGUUUCUUGAGCCCCGUUGAAAUAAUCGCAAUGUUGGCUACCUUUACUGUCAGUCAGCAAUGCUGAGAUUAUUUUAGUCAUUAGGUGAGUUACUGUUGAUAGAGUUUGUUGGAUUGUUCCUGUUAGUGUGGAUGGGAAUAUUUCAGUGUUUUUGUGAUAUUUUUGUAAUAUACUCCCUCUUGGUGUUCUGUGAAAUUAACCUACAGCUCUGCCGAGCAUGUGUCAUAAUUUGGCGGCCCGAAAUUGUAAUGUCGUUAUGACCCUCUGAAAGUCUUAGGUGAAGUUAUCUUGCCUGCCGUAAGCUGUAGGUUUAAUUGUCAGUUGUUUGAAUUAACGGACGCUGUGUGACAGUCCUGUGACAUAUUUGAAUUUUCUGUCUGGGUUUUUACUGUGUUUUGUUUAACGUCUUGAUUUUUUUUUGUGUUAAAAUGGUAAUUAUUGAUAUUAGUAUUAUAACUAUGUGAGAGCUUUGCAGGUCAGUCCGGCCUCACCUCAGACAACAUGAUUUCAUGUUGGUUUAGCCUGUAGAAACGAUGACUGUGUAAAAAGACUCUGUUUUCCAAUCUUAAAUGUGGAAAGUAUCACAAAGCGAGAUUUUUAUCAAACAAUGUACCUAAAAUCUUUGCAUGCAUACUUCUUUUGACAUGCUGUUUUUGUUAUAGGCUAUAUUUUCCUUAACCAAAGAAACUGACGUAAUCUGCCUCUUAAACUUUACAAAUACAUUGGUUUGCUUUUCAGAGGUUUCUGCCAGUUUGCCUGGUUUGUGAAAUUAAGUCAGUGCCGUGGGUCAACACGAGGCUGUGUUUUGGGACGUGGGGGUCGUGGAGGAAUAAAUGUCAUCGAUUUGCACGCCUGAAGGGACCUCACUGGCAUAGGUAGAUAACCUGAAUUGCUUUAGUGAAAAAACUUCAUGCGAAACCGAGCAAAUAAUUUUGGUCAGAUUUAUGUUGUCAAAGACUACAGGGUGGGUUUUUCCAUUGUUUGAAAACUGUUUGAGUGGCAGGUAAUAUUUGCUGGUGUGUCAGGUUUAAAUCAGACACAAAUUAAAGUGUUUUCCAGACCCUGCUGAAUUCCAGCCCUUGACGACUGUAGAGUGACACCUCUAGUACAUGUAUAUAUAUAUAACAAUGUAAAACUGCUCACAUCUAUGUUGCUUUACAUAAAGCAUAUAUGCUUUAGUUGUAUAAUGUAAUGUUUAUACCGUUUACAUUUGUAAAGCCAGAAAACAGAACGUACGCCAAUUUUGGCUCUUUUAUGUCCUCUGUUUUCAGUUGAGGCAUAAUUUAACAGUGCAAUGUUGUCAGGUAAUCCUGAGCACCUCCAGAUAACAGGAAUCGUGUGGUAAACAGAAGACGGAGUGACUCAACUCAGUCCAGAUCAUUGACCACUACUUCUUCCCCCUCGUCGUACACUUCUGUGCUAACUUAAAUGCCUUUUUGUGGUGCCUAUAUGUAAACCUGUUUGUUUGACAUCAUGUUUAUAACACGUAUAUAUCCAUGUUGACAUUAUAUUGACAUAACCACAUACCUUCUUGCUAUGACAGUGAGGGGCUCUGUCGUUUUCUUGACAGUGAAUACAAUGUUUCUUUUAUAUUUAUUUCGUUCACUAGAAUAUUACUUUGUUAAUGUGGGAUAUUGAAGAUGUUUUUUUGUGUGUGCGUGUGUGCUUCGUGAGUUGGCACUCCUUCUACCACUUUUACGUUUUGACGUGCACUUUCUAUGCUAGGAUUCUGACUAUUAGAAUUUUGUUUGCGUGUAUAAGGUUUGCACCAAAAGGGCAGGGGAAUCUGUCGGAGAUGUCCAUACACAUUGAAAAGACUGAGAGGCUGAGGAUUGCAGUGUGAACAUUCCAACAACUCUGACUUCAGCUUUACACUGAGUGUUGAGGUUGAGGGUUGUUGAGGGAAUUGUGAUGUCAUCUGGAACUAAGAUGACAUCAUAAGGGGCUACGGACAGAACAGCCGACAACCCUAAUUGAAAAGAGGAGGACACAACAUGAUGAGAUAAUCGUGUGCUUGUCAUUUGGUCAUAAAUGUGUCAAGGCUGGCUUAUUACUGCUGUCCAUAAUAUACCAGGCUUGAUUUUGUCUUCAAGGAGCUGAAUUUCAUGUCCGUUCUGCAGAUCUGGAGUUAUAAUAGCAUAAAACCUCACAGCUGAACCUUUUAUAAGAAAGUUAUGAAUAUGGUUUUCCUCUCCACAGACACCAGUUUUUAAUUUCAUAAUUCGAUUGUCAUUAAAGAUUAAUUCCACAGAUCAUACUGUACCUAUCUAAAACAGGAAAACAAUGUAUUUUAUUUUCAGUUCUUUUCUGCAUGAUCGUCCAGUGUGGUGUGUUGUAUAAUAAACAUUAUUUCAUAAAUACUGUUAAUCCUACUUCUAAAUUAGCAUGCAUAAUAACCAUGUGUGUUGAAGACCAGCCAGUGAUCAAUACAAUAAAUAAAUGUUGCUUAAUACAA